AUGGAUCGCUACAUUGCUCAGUUAAUCGCAGAAAGAUUGGAUACGUCCGUACAGGAUAGUAUGUCCAUAGAUGACGACGGAGCCGGCUCGGUGCCUGACGGUCCUGUCAAGUGCCCACAUUGUGGCACCGAGCUUGAGAAACUGGGCCAGGCCAUUGCUACAGCCACCAGGUUUAUGGAUGCGAUGCCAGGUGCCGUAAAGCGGGAGAUAGCCGAUACGGAGAAGAUCAUGGACUACAUGGAGCAGUUCGAAUCAGAAACCAACCCGGGAGAUAGCGACGAUGAGGACGACGAUGAGGACAUUGAUAUGGACAGUGAUGAGGACGGUGGUGAGGACAGUGAUGAGGACGACGACGAGGACAGUGAUGAGCACGACUACCAGGUCAGUGAUGAGGAUGACGACGAGGGCGACGACGAGGACAGUCAUGAUGAAAGACGCCCAUGGCAUAAUGGCUGCAAAUGGAAUGCCAAACUAUAUCCUCAGAGAGGGUUAGACACGAGCUCGGCUCCACACUACACCGAGCGGUACGGCCUGACCCCUGAAAUAGUUCUGAAAAUUCGCGAUUCCGCCACUCUUGCUGCUCUUAAUGCACAUGCAACCGAUGUUCUGAGUCCGACCAGAUGGAUAACCAAUGCGUACCGGGAUGCAUUCAAGAUAUUUCUCCAGGCACUAAAGGACUCUAAGUACCCAAGGCACUGGCUGGAAAACCCUAACUCGGCAGUUUACGAAGCGUACUGCGACUACAUGCAGGCAAGGCGCGCCAUGCCCAAGCGUGGUAAAUCUAAGAAGGCCUGA